CGUGCUACAUAUAUACUUUUAAAGAUUUAUAAUAACCAAUGUUUUGUUUUUUUUCAGAAAGCAAGAAUGGCGAGGAUCCAAAUAGCCAAAGCAACAAGUGGAGCUAUGUUUGUUAAACAGAAAAAAGCUACAGAAGCUCGACUUCAAGCUGUGAACUCUGGAGAAGAAGUGGAAGAUAUAACAGAAGAUAUUUUUGAACUUCAACAUCAUCAUCUUCUUCAAUGUUUGGAGAAAACUACGGACAGGGAGUUCGUGGAGAUAGAUGUUCCCUACAAUGGUCAAGCUAAUAGACCUGCGUCCACGCCUCCUCUGUCUCCAAUGCCUUCUGUUUUAUCUCAUGAGAACUCUCUACGGUCAUGCUGUGGGAGGCGUUGUAGAAAGAAGAAGUACCAGGAACAUACUGGAGGAACGUGUGAGCAGGAUGAAGAAUUAAAUGACAUUCAAGUACGAAUCAUGCCAAACAGAACACCUUCCGGUGAUCUGCAUCGUCCUAGUUUGAGCCUGUCGAGGUCUAGUUUAAACAGUCCAAUGCCUGUUGUUACUAGUGUCAAGACACUAGCUGAACGUGGUAUUGGGACGAGGACUAUUGUUACUAUGUCUCAGCCUAGUCAUAAUUCCGAGACAGAAGCAAUUCUGUCUACUGAGACGCCGAGUACAGUAAGACAGUCUCCUGGAAACAAUAGCGUGGUUCGGAUAUCAGUACUUUAAUGUAAUAUCAAACUGGUGAAAACUGACCGUCAACAUCUUCCAAGUGAAGAUGUGAUCCCGGUGGAGAGACACGGCAGUAGGGGUACUGUGUUUCUACUAUCCUUACCUCUCUGUGU